UGGUUAUCUUAUUAAGCCAAUUGAACAUGGUGCAGAUAUUGUUGUUCACGGCGCAACGAAAUGAUUGGAGGUCAUGGAACAACAAUAGGAGGCAUAGUAAUCAAUGGAGGUAAAUUUCCAUAGAAUAAUGGAAGAUUCACGAUUUUUUACUGAUCCAAGUCCUAAUUAUUAUGGGUUAAUUUAUUGGGAUACAUUUGGGUAUAAUGCCUUUACUAUGAAAGCACGUUUAAAAUUAUGCGUAUUGGACCAUGUCAAAAUCCUUUUGGAUCAUUUUUAUUAAUUCAAGAUCUUGAAACUUUAUCAUUAAGAGUUCAUAGACAAGCCGAAAACGCUUUAGAAUUAGCAAAAUGGUUAAAAUCAAGAGAUGAUGUCUCAUGGGUUUCAUAUCCAACAUCCUUAUCAUGAAAAUGCUAAAAAAUUUAUGCGGAAUGGAUUUGGAUGUAUUUUGGCUUUUGGUGUUAAAGGUGAUGCUAAUACUGGAGUCGCAUUCAUUGAUGCUUUUACAACUUGCAAGUCAUUUGGCAAAUGUGGAGACGCAAAAACUCUCGUGAUACAUUCUGCUUCAACGACACAUCAACAAUUAACGGACGAAGAACAAUUGUCUGCAGGAGUAAAUAAAGAGAUUAUACAUGUCUCUGUUGGCUAUGAACAUAUCGGUGAUAUUAAAGAAGAUUUUACAAUUGCGUUUGAAAAAAUUAAAG